UAAAAGCUCCUGUUUUAGACUGGACUUCGAGCACUGUCUGACCUGAGUCUGUGGGCGUUUCUUUGAAUACAGAAUGUGGGGCAUUUGCAGCAGAACUAUGGUGGGGAUGGCGAAACCCUGUGGCUUAAUGAAGCCCUGUCAUUUGGUGAAGCCCGUAUCAGCGGCUCGGGUCUCUGGCAGAUACCUGACCCACCAGAAGGGACUGCCCACUCUGCCUGUCCCCCCUCUGCAGCAGACCUGUGAGCGCUACGUCCGUGCCCUGGAACCCAUCCUGGAGGUGGAUGAGCUGAAGCAAACUCGAGAGCUGGUAGACAAGUUUCAGAAACCAGGAGGCAUUGGAGAGAGACUUCAGAGGAGCCUGGAAAAGAGAGCACAGAACACGGAGAACUGGUUGUCAGAGUGGUGGGUGCUGGUUGCUUACCUCGAUUACCGGUUGCCUGUGGUGGUUCAUUCAAGUCCUGGGUUGGUCCUGCCACGCAUGAACUUCAGUGAUAAGCAAGGACAAAUAAGGUUUGCUGCCAAACUGACCGCAGGUGUCUUGGACUUUAAGACAAUGAUUGACAAUGAGACACUACCAGUUGAAUAUCUGGGAGGGAAGUCCCUGUGUAUGAACCAGUACUACGAAGUGCUGUCUUCCUGCCGGAUCCCUGGUCUGAAGAGAGACUCUGUGGUGAACCACGCCAAGAGCUCCAAACACAUUACUGUGGUACACAACUUUCAGUUCUUUGCGUUGGAGGUGUACAACAGUGAUGGGACUCCACUGACAGCGGAUCAGCUCUUUAUUCAGCUGGAGAAGAUCUGCAGCGCCUCGCUGCAGACCAACGCAGAGCCUGUCGGCAUCCUCACCACCCAGCAUCGCGAUGCUUGGGGCAAGGCCUACAUCAACUUAAGCAAGGAUAAGAACAACAGAGAGUCAGUGUCGGCUAUCCAAAGGAGCAUCUUCACUUUGUGUUUGGAUGGAGCGAUGCCUCAGGUGUCUGAUGAGAUGCUCCGCAGCUGUGCUGCCGUCCAGAUGCUGCAUGGAGGAGGCAGCCAGUGGAACAGUGGCAACCGCUGGUUUGACAAGACACUGCAGUUUAUAAUUGGAGAAGACGGGAUAUGUGGUGCAAACUAUGAGCAUGCCCCAGCUGAGGGCCCCCCCAUAGUGGCCUUGAUCGACCAUGCUGUAGAAUAUACGAGGAAGCCAGAGAGGGUGCAGACUCCCGUGGUGCCUUUGCCCGUGCCCCAGAAACUGCACUUUAACAUCACACCCGAGAUCAAGAAGGACAUUGAGGAGGCUAAGCACGCCAUGAACAUACUGGCCCAAGACUUGGAUAUGAUGGUCACGGUAUUUAGCCACUUUGGGAAAAAUGUGCCAAAGGCCCACAAGAUGAGCCCGGAUGCUUUCAUACAGAUGGCGCUACAACUGGCUUACUACAGGAUGUACCAGCGCUGCUGUUCCACAUAUGAAAGUGCCUCCCUGCGUAUGUUCCGACUGGGUCGCACAGAUACAAUCCGAUCUGCCUCGAGCGCCUCCGCUGCCUUUGUCACAGCCUUUGAUGACCCCAGCAAACAGAACCCAGAAAAGCUUGAUCUAAUGGAGAAGGCUGUAAAUGCACACAGGUCAUAUACUAACAUGGCAAUCACUGGCCAGGCCAUAGACAGACAUCUCCUAGGCCUUAAGAUGGUGGCUGUUGAAGAAAAACUCUCCAUACCUGAUAUCUACACAGACACCGCCUACGCCAAAGCCUUACACUACAAGUUAUCUACAAGCCAGGUGCCGUCCAAGACCGACUGCGUCAUGUGUUUCGGCCCGGUUGUAUCCGACGGAUACGGCGUGUGCUACAAUCCUAUGAACGAUCACAUUAACUUUGCAGUGUCGUCUUUCAACACCUGUAAAGAAACCAACGCAGCACAUCUGGCCCAGGCUGUGGAGGGCGCACUGUUGGACAUGAGGACACUGCUGGAACAAACCCCAAAAGCCAAACUGUGAAGUGCCUUCAGACUUGACUAGCUUCUUUGUAAUUGAAGUAGAUGCUACAGGGCGUGACAGGAAGACUGCGCUUAGUGUAAUUGAGUGACAUUCAGAUGACUGAUCCCCACACCUGGUGCAAGCUACAGUCGGUAGUCUGAACCAGCGAUCUCACCGCGUUAUUGAUCAUUACCAUGCACUUUAAAUGGCGCUGCGAUAGCGGCUGUGUAAUGACUGGGCAGCGCUGCUCCUCUGGUGGUACAGUGCACACACAAAUUAAAGUAGUUUUAUACAACA